AUGAGCGAUAACACCAAGGCCACUGGUCUGCUGAGCGAUCUGCAAAAGCUCGACGAAGCGGGACGCGACCGCAUACUAGAUUUCUUGUCUCCUGAAAUUGUAAAGGAUAUUCUCAAAGUCUUCCUUCGUCAGCACGACAGAGGAGAAGGAGAGUCAGGUGCAAUUGCACCUGAGACUCUUACUAAAUUAUCAAAACCAGAGAACAUUGUUCCACCAAAUCCCCCUGCAACCGAAAACAUCAGUGGAGCGAUCUGUGAGCAAGAAGUAAGACCGACAAAACAAGCCAGAAAAAUCAUUACUCUUCGAUACCGAAAGGGAGCUCGCAUUGAGAAAAAACAUCCACAAGGUCGAGUGGCUACGGAAAAACAAGUCAUUGAAAUCGAGUCCGACGAAGAGAAUGACAGAAACCUCGAGAACUCCCUGGAUGCACGACGGCCAUCACAUGUCCAGCGAGAGCCCCUGAUCACCGAUAGCAAGGGUAUUGUAGUUAAAGGACUACGACCAAAAAAUCUUCGGGUUCAUCUCUACGUCAGUGAGGAAGCCUCAUUGACUCGGCUUCCUGUGAAUAUCCAAGCCGACCUGAUGCGCCGUUUCAAAGACAUGUGGUCGAUGAAUGAACAUACGAUUACCCAGUACACCGCCUAUACCCACAACUUGAAAGAUCAUGUAUGUAGCCCUGUAUGCAUUCGCAGCAUGCUUCUCGCAAAGAUCCCGACUUUCACUCGAGGCGGAAAACUGCACAAGUCCGCAGAUGAUAGUUGUAUCGAUACUGGCUAUCCUUGUGCCGAUUUUAGGUGGCACAAAUAUGAAAAGAAUUUUGUCGUACGUUUUCUGCCUCUGCCUCAGGCCUUGCGCGUGGGAAAGCAUCCAGAAGAUCUCGGGUAUUGGGUUCUUUGA